AAAUAAAUUGAAAAAAAAAAUUAUUUAAGUUUAGUGUUAAUAGUGCGGAAGUGUAAAAUAAAACAAAUGCAAAAUAAACAGAAUCCAAACGCUUUAUUGGAGGAAUGAGGUGAACACAAGAAAGGCCCAUCAAAAGGCUAGGAGGAAGGGACCAAUAAAAUGAGAAAACACUAAACAAAAAAUGCAGAUAAUAAGAAAAAACGGCUAAAAAAAUUAAAAAAAUUAUAAAAACUAAAAAAAAAACAAUAAUAACAACAACAACCAAUACCACCAAUAAUAAAAAAAAUCCUACAACAAUAACUAACGCCAAACAGAAACAUGGACUACAACAGCGAAUUAGACAACACCAUCAAUACGGGCAACAUCAGCACCGAUGACUUCUUGGCCAUAUUCACAUCGACCACCACAACGGCCUCACCCAAUGAGGCGGGUGGUGGCCCCGGCGGUGGACUCAAGGGCGGAGGAGGUGGUGGGAGUCAUUCCAAUGCCAAUGUCACCAUGAAUCCGCCACUUGUUACAGUAGAUGGUCAAUACACGGUGACCAGUCUGCUGGAUAGUGCUUUUGGCAUUACUGCUCCCACACCUACGGCCGAUAUCAAUGACACCCUCUUCCUGCUCUCCUCCAGUUUCUAUAAUACAUCAGCGAAUGGAGCUGCAGCGGCGGCGGCGGCGGCAGCGGCACCCACCAUCAAUCUCACCUCCUCGACGACCACACAAUUUGGCAAUUACUUCAAUCAAUCCUUUGGCGGCGCAAAUCUGACGAGCAAUAUCACCGAAGUCCAUUGGGAUGGUCGCUAUCCCAGUGGCUAUACCCUAACACACAUUGUGAUAGCCUCCAUCAUAGUGACAAUCCUGAUGAUUGUCAUCAUUGUGGGCAAUAUGUUGGUCAUCAUUGCCAUUGCCACCGAAAAGUCACUGAAGAACAUACAGAAUUGGUUCAUAGCCUCGCUGGCGGUGGCCGAUUUCUUUUUGGGCCUCAUCAUCAUGCCCUUCUCACUGGCCAAUGAGCUGAUGGGCUAUUGGAUUUUCGGUUCGUGGUGGUGUGACAUUCACUCGGCCAUGGAUGUGCUGCUCUGCACUUCGUCCAUAAUGAAUUUAUGCCUGAUAUCGUUGGACCGCUAUUGGAGCAUAACGAAAGCGGUGGAUUAUCUCAAAUCACGUACUCCGGCACGUGCGGCCUUAAUGAUAGCGGCGGUGUGGAUAAUGUCGGCGCUGAUAUGUAUACCACCGCUUUUGGGGUGGAAGGUGAAAAUGCCAGAAGGUCCUUUGCCAAAGUGUGCGCUUAGUGAAGAUAUUGGUUAUGUACUGUACUCAGCGUUGGGUUCCUUCUACAUUCCCAGCUGUAUAAUGGUUUUCGUUUAUAUACGAAUUUAUUUUGCCGCCAAGGCGCGUGCGAGACGCGGCAUUAAAAAACAUCCGCGCAAAACAAACAACGAACAGGUUACCAGCUUUACCAACGCCAACAAAAAGGGUACCAUCCCCAUGCCAUCCUCGAGUGCGGGGGCACUGCAAAAACACCAACAACAUCAAAUAGCCACCAUAGAAACACCACCGAAUAGUGCGGGAGCACUACCUAUGCAAAUACCCACAGUUACCUGCGAUCUUGCGUCCGAUAUAUCCACAUCGGAGGCAGCCGAAAUGGAACCCCAUCCCCUAAUGUAUCCUAACGCUGCAACAGUGGGGGGAUGUUCCGAUAUGGCAGAGACUGCUCUUAGUCCAACGGCGUUAGAGACACCAACGACGAAUAAUUUGACGUCCAAUUGCAAUGAUGCGUCAUCGCUGCGAGUGAGUACAAUAACCACCGCCCAUGGGGCCCUCAAUGUGCCGGUGCCGCCCUCAAUGGCUGCCAACAACAAUAGCACUACAACGGCGGCGUUAAACAACAACAACAAUGGCACACUGCCAACCACAGCAGCAGCGGGCACAACGCUGACGGCAACCACAACGCUGCUGAACACCAAACCAACAACGACUCUAUCGGCAGCCACCAAUGAGCUGAAGGUCUCGCCCAUUGCUGGGCGCUGUCGUGCCCUGUCUGUGGGCAUAGACACAGACAUGGUGAGCGAAUUUGAUCCUUCGAGUUCGGACUCGGGGGUGGUGAGUCGAUGUGCUGUGGUCAAACCGCUAAAAUUUCGUUUGUGUCAACCCAUUUUUGGCCGCAAGUCCAAUAAUCGACGGCAAAAUGAAGCCAAAGCGGCGGCAGCAGCGGCUGCUGCAGCAGCCGCCAGUGCCAAAGAUGGAGGCUCCUCCUCAACACCCACCACGGCCACGACGAAGGCGGACAUAGUCAAGGCCGAACUAGAACCUGCCAUACCAAAACCACAAAAGCCACGUGAUCCCGAAAAGGAGAAACGACGCAUAGCACGCAAAAAGGAGAAACGAGCCACCCUCAUUCUGGGCCUCAUCAUGGGCUCCUUCAUAGCCUGCUGGCUGCCCUUCUUCUUUCUGUACAUUCUAAUGCCGGCGUGUAGUACUCAUUGUCACAUACCGGAUUCGGCCUUUGCCAUUGCCUUUUGGUUGGGCUACAUGAACUCUGCGCUGAAUCCGGCCAUCUACACCAUCUUCAAUAAGGACUUCCGCCGGGCAUUUCGGCGUAUACUCUUCAAGUGAUGUUUGGCCUAUGUGUGCUGUUAUCGGUGCGUUCAUGCCAGUAUCGAGAAGGCAACGGAACGUGCUAUGGGCAGCACACCCAUGGGUUACAAUAUGUAUCAUAUUCGACGUUAGAUUUGGUUAUUUGCUUUUGUUGUAUAAGGAAGAUCGCAUAGCAAACAAACACUCACCAACACGAUAUCAAGGAUCUUGAGUAGGAUAUUUAUAAUAUCCUUGGUCCCUGCCCAGGUUUCACCAUUUAAAAGCAGUGCAAAGUAAAAAAGUGAAAAAUCUCUAAACACCCAAGCAAAGUAAUUGAAUUGCUCAACUGCCUAGAAUUUGAUGGUGGUAUGCGUUGCACCAUCAACAUCCACACCCACACCACCACUACUACAGCCCACCCACAUAUGUGGCUCAUUAUGAUUCCAUUAAGUCAAAACGUUUAUUAAGACAAUCCCUCAUUGCACUCCAGAGGGCGUCGAGGGUGAGAGUAACUCUCACACAGCAAGUCACCGAGUCAAACGGCAGAAGAAGAAGAAGCAAAAAAUCCUUUAACAAAAUCAGCCUAACAGCCAGACACUUACAGCCUGCCUGGAAGUAAGCCAAGCAAAGCAAAACUAAAUCGGUGUGAAAGGCAGCAUCUUAAACACAGACGCAUAACUAGACCCAGACCAAUCACAAAGACUGAAGGUGAAGCAGACUGCGGGUGAAAGCGAGGAAGAAAGUGUGUUUGUGUUGUAUGAGCAAGGUCUUGCUGGGCCAACUGACAGUGAGUGCAAAAUAAUAAAAACCAUCAAUUACUGCUGCUGGCGGCUGCGGCACAGAAGCCUGCGACGCGUCAAGGCAACGCAACGCAACGAAACCGUUACACAUCGACAGCCUCACCAAGGCACGACUUGAAAAUUAACAUAAAUUAAUUAAUUACCAUUGACAACGCCCCCUGCUCCACCAAGCACUUGCCGUUCCAGUCUUACUCCCAUCCAUCGUCAUACUCACAUCGAUUAGCAUUCAAAAGGGGUUGUGGAUUGUAAUAAAA